AGACAAGGGUCCCUCCGAAGCGUGCUGAUCUGCUUUCCCAGCAUCCUACAUAGAUCUGACCACCACUCGCCCCCCAUUGCCUGAUUUUCUGUACAUAAGUUAAACCAAAGGCCAUGCAAUGAUAAUACGAGGCACCCCGCUACGGCCGUCCUUCUUUGCCGUCACCACCACGCCUGUCACUCGCCGCACCACCACCCCUCUACUUCCUCCCAAAGUACGCGCAGUAGAGGUAGUCUUUCCAGUCCCUCCUCCUCCUCACUGGCAGCAGCAGCAGCAGCGCCGCACAAUGGGCGGCACAACCACUAGCACUCCAACAGGGCCGAUCCGCUUCGGCCCGUUCGAGGUCACGACCCAGGUCUUCCUGACGACCCCGCACUCGUUCGCCCUCGUCAACCUCAAGCCCCUGCUGCCGGGCCACGUCCUCGUGUGUCCGCACGCGCCGCACCAGCGGCUCACGGACCUGUCGCUGCCCGAGGUGACGGACCUGUUUGACACGGUCCGCAGGGUCCAGCACAUGCUGGCGCGGCAUUACUUUCGACCCCCCGGCGGGAGCGGCGGCGGUAGUGAUUCUGGUGCUGGUGGUCCUGCUGGUGCUCGUGGUCCCGUGGCGUCGCCGCACGACGGCUCGUUCAACAUUGCCAUCCAGGACGGCGCCGACGCCGGCCAGACCGUGCCCCAUCUCCACGUCCACGUGAUCCCGCGCAUCCCCGGGGAGACGGCCAAGGACGGCACCACGCUCGGGGACGCGAUAUACGAGGACAUGGCCGGGGAGAAGGGCAACGUCGGCGGCGCGCUGUGGGAUCGGAGGAAUGGCGUCGGCGUCAACAGUGACGAUGACGGUGACCGCGAUGGCCAUGGCAGCAGGCCCAGACCCGGCGGGGCGUUUGCCAGGAUAGAGGACGCGAACCGCAUGGCGCGGACCAUGGAGGACAUGGAGAAGGAGGCCGGCCUGUUCAGGAGGGUGCUGGCUAGCAUGGAGAGUGAAGAAGAGCAGGUAGCCAGGUGACAAAAGACCUAGAUGAUUGCCAAGCGAGAUGCAGUUCUACACAGGACGAGGUGGGAGGUGCGGCAGACAAUUUCCGCAGGGUGGUUGAUGUACAUAAAGGAAACGAGACCGGGCUUGUCUAUGAUAUCUGCAUACUCUGCCCUUGCUGUAUGCAAGCAUUAACGGGCAGGCAGCGAGACUGCUCCAGCCUCAUUCACCUUCGUCACCAAUCGACACGUCUCAGACAUAACGUCGCUGCG